GAUCUCUCGAAUCUCGAUUCACCGAGCUGCAACAGGCCUCUCAGGUGCCUGAUCGGAGUUUCCACAGGAUCCAUGGCCAUGGAGAGGUUUCUGACUGCGCUUGUCUUCUGCGAGGCGCCCCUCGACGGCUACGGCAUGUCCAUGAUGACAUCCUCCAGGGCGGUCAAGCCGCUGGUGUCCGCUGGCUCGAUAAAGCCGGCGGCUGCUGCGCCCAAGGCUGACGAUGCGUACGCCGGGAAGAAGCCUGGAUUCUGCGGCGAGACGACCACGCAGCGGCAUGCUGGGUACGAGCUGGCGUUCGACGGUCUCAACUGCUUUGAAACCGUCGUCAUGCACCAAGCAUGAAAAAUUAUUGAUUCAUUGUAUAUGUUAUGGACGUUUGUAACGGCGUCAGGGUCCUUUCAUUUUGAUCUGUACAUACAGGACUUGGA